GUAAAUGCCAUGGCAACAGCAGUCAGGUCAGGUAUGUAAGGGCUGCAGAGCAUUAUCAUUUCUCACUUAGCAUUUGGACUUUGGCCCUUUAGAGUUUAAAACCUUUUGUAAAGAAAACUCUUUGAGUUUGAAACCACUGAGAGAAACUACUGGAAAGCGGAUCUUGUUGGAGAACUAAACUUUUGGAUAAAUCAACUACAUUGUGGGAAACCGAGGAGCCUGAAGAUAUCCUUCAGCAGACCACUGAUGGAGGAGCAGCUGAUGGGAGUCUCCCCUGAGCUGGACAACAACAGGCCAGGUGGUGUGAACUCCAUCGUUGAGCGUCCUGCACCAGAUGGCCUCCCUGAAGUCAUCGGGAUCGUCAAUGACGACGAAGGUAAUCUUCCUAUCUACGGCUCUUCUGAUAAGGAAGAGGUAGGUGAGGUCGAGAUUGCUGUUGACGAAGGUGAGGUCAGGCUUGAUUUUGUUGGUGAGCGUCAUGUCUUCAACAGAGUUAUUGCUCAUGUAAUGGCCCUCUCUGACAUUGAGGAGGAGGAGGAGGAGGAGGAGGAGGAUGAAGACGCCUGGUCUGACCCGAGCGAAGAUUCUGGUUACGAGUCCAAGUCCGAGCAUGAAGAGGACUCUGAAGACGAUGAUAUCAACGUCAUCAUCAGACCUCUCUCCCCUCUCAACCAGCUGUUCCCAGCUCCGAGCUUUUGGCAGGGAUUGCACCGAGGGUCAUCUCCUGUUGGCCGUCCCGCUGGAGCUCCUUUCUGCUGCAAUUUUGGUGUUCUUCCUGCGCAGCAAGAGGAACGCCCUGAAGAAGGUCAACCGUCAGUCUGUCAGAGGUCAGAAGAGUCCGCCCCCUCAACCUCAGGCCUCAGCAGCUCCACAAAGAGGAACAGGGAAGAGGACUGCACAGAGCAGUUAGGUGUGAAGAGGCAGAGCCAGUGUAAGGACAGCCAUGAGGAGCCAGCAUCUUCCACUUCAGGCCUCAGCAGCUCCGCGAAGAGGAGCAGGGAAGAGGACUGCACAGAGCAGGUAGGUGUGAAGAGGCAGCGCCAGUAUGAGGACAGCCAUGAGGAGCCAGCAUCCUCCACUUCAGGCCUCGGCUCCUCCACUAACCGGAGCAGGGAAGAGGACUACUACAGGUACGGCUUCAGGAGAUACUGGCAGUUCUCACCUGAUAACAGCGACUCAGAUUCAGACUGAGUGCUGUUUGCUGCAGGAUUGUACAACCUUUGCCUCUGACAGGACUGAUAAAGCCCCAGGCAGCCUUCCCAUGCAUCUGGCGGGGUUGGCCAUAUAGGUUGCUUCUUGAACAAGAGCUUUUUUUUUUUAUAUCUCUUUUAUAUAUGAAUUUCCUUUUGAGACAUAGUUGAUGAUGCUAGAUGCUGAUACCAGAGGUAAGGUAACAAUUAAUGGUUGUUGUUCUGUUAUGUAUUUUUCUUUAUAAAGUAGAGAUGGCUAUACCAGACAAAGGUAAGUCAACACUUAAUGACAGCAUUAACACAAGUCUCCUGAAAGUCUCACUUAUCACUAAUUGAGAAAUUGUAUAUUUUACUAACUCUCUAUCUUUUUGUUUUUUAAGUUAGGUGUAGGUGGCUGUACCAGACGGAGCUAUGGUAAUAAUUACUAACAUUAAGACAAGUCUCCAAGUCUCUUUUACUCAGGUAUUAGGCACCAACCAGAUGAGAAGGAUGGAGGACUACAGGACCAGAUAAGAAGGAUGGAGGACUACAGGACCAGAUGAGAAGGAUGGAGGACUACAGGACCAGAUGAGAAAAAUGGAUAAUGGACGAAUAUAAAAUCUUUAUUACAAAAUUUGUUUCUUUUUUUACAGUCGUCAUUUAGAAGCAGUUUAAAGGGAAGAAGGGCGACAGUAGACACCUCUGACAGCUAGCCCCCUCCCCAGGGUCUGGGGGCAGCUUAAGGGGGGUAACCUGUCUCAGGAAACAAAAAAAAAGAAAGGAAAAAGGGAAAAAAAUAUAUAUAAAUGUAAAUACAAAUAAAGACCAAUAUAUAAAGACAAAAUAUGAUAACAUAACAUUCUCGGACCAUGGGAUAUUAUAAGCCAUCCCUGCCACGAAAAAUACUCAACUCCCCACCCCACCCCCUCUCUCUCUUUCCCGCUCUUUUCUUUCUCCUCUUUAAAUACAAACAAACAAACACUCUACACCCCCCACACUUUAUACAUACAAACACACACAACUGUACAUACACACUGGAACCUUACACAACAGACUGCCCUGCACUGUCAAUAACACCACCCUCCCUCCACCAACAUCUCUUAAUUAUUUGUCUCAUUUUGUUCGUUUUGUUGGAAUUGGCUUGUCCCGUUCAUGUUGUCAUGACUUCCGAUGUAUUUUAUUUAUUUAUUUUUCUCUUUUGUUUGUUUCUGUUUGUCUUGUCAAAUUUCCACUGUUUUGUCAUGCUUCACUAAAUAAAAAAGUAAAAAAAAAAAAAAAGAAGCAGUUUAAUAUGAUAAAGCAUCAGUUCCACUCUGAGCUAUAUAUAUAUAUAUUCAAUUAAUGCUGCUUUCAUGUGAUGCUUAAUAACAAACAUUAUCAUUAUCAUAAUUUGUUAAUGUUGGGGG